UAGUAUUACUAUUCUUCUUAGAAGGUUGUCGUUUUCUUCCGCUUGAUAUUGCUUCCAUUAGAUUAUUUUAGUACCAACCAGUCACCGGUGUAAGUCAAUCCUAAUUCUAAUGGCCGACGAAGUCUAUGAAAAUACAUUGGCGCAAAUGCGUUUUCAUCUUCCUGUCGACCACUCAAAGUUUAUCAAAACAAGAAGUCUCCUCAAACCCACAAUUCAUUUUCAUUCUUCUUAAUUUGUUCAUCAAUUAAAUAUUUGAUCACCAAAUCAUGGGAAAUUUGUGCUCAAUCUCAUUCUCAACAGAGGAUUCAGUCUAUCGUUGCUGGGAUUGCAUUGUUGGACAAGCAAGUUACACAUGUAAGCUUGAAGAUAAUCUUAAAGCUCUGAAGAAGGAAUUGGCGAAACUGAAUGCGCGAAGGGAUGACGUGAACCGGAGGGUAGAUCUUGCUGAACAACAACAUAUGGAGCGGCUCAACGAAGUUCAACUCUGGCUUUCAAGCGUGCAGACUGUGGGAGCAGAAGCUGAGGAAUUGAUCGAAAAUGGUCCUCAAGAAAUUCAGAAAUUAUGUUCUGGUGGCUGCUUUUUCAAGAAUUGUAAGUCUAGCUACAACUUUGGUAAACAAGUGACUAUAAAACUUGCAGAAAUAGUUGAUCUACAGAAGCAAGGAGAUUUUAAAAUUGUAGCUGAGAAUAAACUUGCAGCCCAAGUAGAUCUAAAACCUACUGAGCCCACGGUGGGUUUGGAACCAACCUUGGUUAAAGUGUGGCGCUUACUUGAAGAAAAAGAUGCGGGCAUUGUUGGGUUGUAUGGCUUGGGGGGAGUUGGUAAAACAACACUCUUGACCCAAAUUAACAAGAAGUUAAGCAAUAACCUGAUCGGUUAUGAUGUUGUACUUUGGGUGGUGGUGUCUAAAGAUCAUACUAUCCAAAAGGUUCAAGAAAAAAUUGACGAAAAGGUUGGCCUUUCAAAUGAGUUGUGGAAAAAUAAAAGUUGUGAUGAGAAAGUUACAGAUAUUUUCAGAAUUUUGAGCAAGAAAAAGUUCGUUCUGCUCUUGGAUGAUGUGUGGGAGCGGGUGGAUUUGAUCAAAGUUGGAAUACCUGUACCAAAUAAGGAUAAUAGUUUUAAAUUAAUUUUUACAACUCGUUACUUAGAGGUAUGUGGAGAAAUGGGAGCUCGUGAGAAAAUCAAAGUAGAGUGUUUAAGCACAUAUGAAGCUUGGAAAUUGUUUGAAGAGAAGGUUGGAGAAGAAACCCUUGACAGCCAUCCAGAUAUUCGAGGGUUAGCUAAACAAGUAGCUGCAACGUGUGGAGGACUACCUCUUGCACUGAUCACAAUUGGUCGAGCCAUGGCUUGCAAGAAGAUGCCCCAAGAUUGGAAGUAUGCAAUUGAGGUCUUGGAAGAGUUUCCGCAUAAAUUAGCAAGAAUGGAUCAACAGAUGUAUUCUCUUUUAAAAUUUAGUUACGAUAGUUUGCCUAAUGACACGAUGAGAUCUUGUCUAUUAUACUGUAGUUUGCAUCCUGAAGAUUUUGAGAUUAACACUGAUGGGCUAAUAGAUUAUUGGUUUUGCGAGGGAUUUUUGGGUGAAUUUGACAACAUAAGUAGAGCUCGAAUGCAAGGGCACAACAUUAUCAAUUCCCUUCUUAAUGCUUGUUUAUUAGAAAAAGGUACAUAUGCAGAAUCUGUAAUGAUGCAUGAUGUAAUCAGUGAUAUGGCUUUGUGGAUAGCUCGAGUGUGUGAAGCAGUUGAGAAGAAAUUUUUGGUACAAGCAGGGGUAAGAUCAAUUAAGGCACUUGAUGUUGAAAAUUGGAAAGGUGUAAGAAUGUCAUUGGCAUAUAGUGGAAUUGAAGAUAUAAGAGGAACACCUAUAUGUCCUAAUCUUCAAACUUUAUUUCUCAACACUAAUAAGUUGAGGGUGAUUAGUGAUGGUUUCUUCCAAUUUAUGCACAAUCUGAGAGUUCUAACCUUGUCUACAAACUGGGAACUCUGUGAGUUGUCAGAGGAAAUUUCAGAAUUGGUUUCACUAGAGUGCCUUGAUCUAUCAUAUACAGGAAUAAGAGAGUUGCCAAUUAAGCUGAAUAGGUUGUCAAAAUUGAAAUGUUUGAACUUGAUGCAGGCAAAUUUUCUCCAAAAAAUCCCGUGACAAUUGAUAUGUAAAUUUUCAAAGUUGCAAAUAUUCAAAAUGUCUACGACAAACAGUUAUGAUGAUGCAGAUGAAGACAAUGUCCUGUAUGGAGGUAACAAAAGACUAAUAGAGGAAUUGAAAUGCUUGCAACAUUUGAAUGUGUUGUGUAUAGAACUAAAAAGUGUUUUUGCUCUAGAUUACCUUCUGAGCUUCCACAACUUACGAGGAUGCACAGAAGAACUACACCUCACACGGUUGCAGGAGACAAAGGUGUUGAAUGUUUUAUUUUUAGCAAAUAUGGAGCGUUUAGAGUCCCUACAUGUUGCAGGUUGUGAUAGCAUGGAAGAGAUGGCAAUAGGGAAGAUAGAUAAAGAAUUAGGGGAAGGAAGAAUGAUAGAAACCUCCUCGCUCUUUCUCUUUAAUAGUAAUCCUCUUAUCCCUUGCUUUCACACACGGAGCAAGGUUUACCUAUUCAGCUGCCACAACUUGAGGAACGUGACAUGGCUUAUUCUUGCUCCAAAUCUGACAUGGCUUACUGUACUGUCUUGCUCGAGAAUGGAAGAAAUAAUAAGUGAAGAUGCAAAUGUGGUUGAAAUUCCGAAUCUAAGCCCAUUUGCUAAGCUAGAAGUGAUUGUUUUGCAAGAUUUAUCAAAAUUGAAGAGCAUAUAUUGGGAUGCCUUACCCUUCCCAUGUUUGAGACACAUCACAAUAGUCAACUGCCCAAAACUGAAAAAGCUUCCACUCAACUUUGAAAGUGCAAAAGGGAAUAAAAUCAGCAUUUUAGGAAAUGAAGAAUGGUGGAAAGAGGUUCAAUGGAAGGAUGAAGCCACCCGAGUUGCCUUUUUACCCUAUUUUGUAUGUGAUGACUAGAGGGAUGAAGCCUCGGAUGAUGGCAUGAUGCAGAUUGGGAAGAUGCUGGCCUUAUUAUAAAGCCUUAAAGAAACUGGUGCAUGGACAAGUCAAUCAAUUUGACCAUAGCUACAUGUAUUUGGAAAUCAAUAUUGGAAGAAAGGAGGAUGCUGGAAAGAGCUAGAAUGGGAGGAUUUAGUGUCUCAAGACACUCUUACUCAAUGGUCUAAUAUACUUCUAGAGUUACAAAAAACAAUGAAGAAUUCAAAUGUAAUAAAUCACAAAGUAUUGUUGCUUUUUCCGUUUCUCUUGUCAAGUUUAGUUUGUCUUGGACCUCUGAGAUUGUAAUUUGUAUGUUCUGCUUUGUGUGGUUGUCUUGUUUUCAUCA